AUCUCCCCUCAUACCACCUCCCAGCAUCCCAUCAGGCAGGGCAGACAGGGUCGUCACACGCUGAGAGGACAAGGCUGUCUUGUGUAAGGAGGGACAGAGACCGACACUGAGAAGAGGUUUAGGAAACAGAAAGAAGACAGGGGGACUUCUUCAUUCUGCAGAGGUCAGCUGCUGAGUCUCGACUUCAGGGGUCGUGUAUGAUAUGAUUGGCUGAUGAAAAGAAAUCAACAGACGAAGAAAUGAGUUUUGGAGCAGCGUGCAUUUUCCUGCGAGGAGGGAAAAAUAUUUCCAGACAACUGGCUGAUGAUGAGAUUGAUGAGCUUCGUGAUGCGUUCAACGAGUUUGAUAAAGACAAGGACGGGCUGAUCAGCUGUAAGGACCUGGGGAAUCUGAUGAGGACAAUGGGCUACAUGCCCACGGAGAUGGAGCUGAUCGAGCUGAGCCAGAAUAUCAACAUGAACCUUGGUGGCAGAGUCGACUUUGAGGACUUUGUAGAGCUGAUGACCCCGAAGCUUCUGGCAGAAACGGCUGGGAUGAUUGGCGUCAAAGAGCUCAAAGACGCCUUUAAAGAGUUUGACACGGACGGAGAUGGAGAGAUCACAACAGAGGAGCUGCGGUCAGCCAUGACCAAGCUGAUGGGAGAGCACAUGAGCCGAAGAGAGAUUGAUGCCAUAGUAAAAGAAGCAGAUGACAACGGAGAUGGCACAGUAGACUUUGAAGAGUUUGUCAGAAUGAUGUCCGGUCAAUGACAGCUGAGGAGAUCGUCAGUCAAGAAAAGUACCUUUGCACCUCUCUGGACAAGCAUUAAUAUUAAUUUAUUUCUAUAAAGCUCUUUGACUGAUUAACUUAUGAAUAUAUAUAUGUAUGUAUAUGAAGAAACACGUAAAAAUGCUAAAAUUCAUACUAAAGUGCUGCAAAGAAAAGUCAAGCAAUAUCAAGUCGCUCUCAGAGAGAAUAUUACAGCUAUGCAAAAAUUGACAAUCAUGUACUGAGACAUUUUUGUAAUGUAAGAUUAUUGAACAGUAUGUUAACAAAUGGAAAAAUAUUUAUUUAUUGUAUAUAUAAAAACUAAUUUUGGAUUGUUUUGUUGAACUAUAUCAAUUGCUAAUGGGAUAUAUUAAUUAUUUACUGAAUCGUUCUGACAGUUGAGCUAUUAUUGUGUAUAUUGUAUAUGUACAUAUACAGUAUUUAGCCUGGGCUUGUUGUAACAUGGAACUUGUUGGGCUACAUAAUUCACUUAUUGAUGGAACCUAAGUUACCUCUUGGUAACAGCUAUUUAAAGUUACAAUAAAACAUCUAAACAAACUUUG